AAAACAGAACAACAACAAUUGUUUACUUUUCUUUUCUCUUUCGCUGUUUCGUCUCUUUUUUCUCUCUCACAGCUCUCAGAAUCCGUUCUCCGUUCUCCGUUUUGAUCUCUCUCCGUUAUUAUUCUCUAAUCUUCUACUUCAUUUCCUGAUUAAUAUCCAGCGAACGAUCUGAUUCCGAUUUGUUUGUGUUAUUAUUUGGAUCGAUCAGACAGAGAAUCAAUGUCGUUCUCAGAUUCUGACGCGUCAUCUUCCGGUGGCGAGUACAAAAAUUUCAGACAAAUCAGCCGUGAACGUUUGUUACAUGAAAUGCUUCGAUCAGCAAAAACAGGGGAUUCAAAAUCAACCUGGAAGAUUGCAGGAAAAUUAACAAAAUUAUCAGGGAGAUGGGGCUUCGUGACAUAGGUCAAUUGGAACAGGACCUAGUUUUUGGAGAUAAAGGAACAACUGAUGUAAUUAAGUUUUUGAAUACAAAUGAGGGUGCAACACGUGAAAAUAAGUUGCGCUUGUUGAUGAUUCUUUCAGCCAUAUAUCCUGAAAAGUUUGAUGGUGAAAAGGGUCGUAAUCUAAUGAAGGUUGCUAAUUUACCAGAAGAUGACAUGAAUGCUGUGAAUAAUAUGAGAUUGCUUGCAUCUCCAGAAUCAAAAAAGAGUUCAUCUGCAACUUUUUCUUUGAAGUUUGACAUUCACAAGAAGAAGCGUGCCGCUAGAAAAGACCGAGCUGCCACUGAAGAAACAACAUGGCAAUUAUCUCGAUUUUACCCUAUGAUAGAGGAACUUAUUGAGAAACUCAGUAUAGGAGAAUUAUCAAAGGAUGAAUAUCCAUGUAUGAAUGACCCAAGUGCAAGCUUUAAUGGGACAUCCCACCCUGCAUCAGUAAAUCAAGCUCCAGUUGCCCAAUCGAGAAGAUCGAGACCAGCAGCAACAUGGGCAAGACCUCGAAGUUCUGAUGAUGGCUAUUCAAGUGAUUCGAUACUGAGACAUGCAUCUAGUGAUUUCAGAAGGAUGGGCCGGCGUAUUUUUGUAUUUAUUGUAGGUGGAGCUACUAGAUCUGAGCUAAGGGUAUGCCACAAGCUUACAAGUAAGCUACAGAGGGAAGUGAUUCUAGGCUCAUCAAAUCUUGACGAUCCUCCACAAUUUAUCACGAAACUGAAACUUCUGACGGCAGACGAAUUAUCACUGGAUGAUCUACAAAUAUAAGUUCGGUGGGAGCUUCUAAUAGGUUUCUGAUCCCAUUUGUAUUCACAGAUGCUUGCAAAUUUAUUGUAUCCAAUUUUGUGUUCAGUGUAAAAUGUCUGCAAGUAAACAUCAGUCGUAACCAUGUAUUAUAUAGCAUUCAGGUCGCGAACUGUAAUGGCUGUACUGGAAUUGCUGACAAUUUAUUUGUAUAUUAUUAUUUUACUAACCGAAUUAGAAUAUCAACCGACUUUGAGAUGUAAAAACAAAAGUGGUUACUGAUCUAGUUAUAUUGCUUCUGUUU